AUGGAAACCACAACAGCACUGACCGAAUUGACCAGUGGAGAAGUCUUUCUCUCCAAAUCUCGGAGACGAGGUAGUGGUGUGCCAACAAAUAUUACCGAAGACGCUUCUCUUGCAACGUCCAUGUUUCAAUCAUUUUCAUUCCCUCCUCGACCUCCAGGUCAUGAUGAAGUCUCGGAUGUAGUUGAGGAGUUAGAGGAUAUGAAUUUGAAUAAGGAAAAUUCGGAUGAUGAAUAA